AUGUCACAAACAAAUCGACAUGUUAAAUUAGAUGAAGUUUGGGCAAAAUUAUUAGACGGUAUUAAUCAUGUUUAUCAAUUUCAAGGGAUGAAAAAACCCGCUUAUAUGCUACUUUAUACUCAUGUAUAUGAUUAUUGUAUAAGUAAUCCAAAUCAGUCAAGAACAGUUCCAGGAACUUCUAGGGUGCAUAUAGGUGGUUUAUCAAGAUCAAAUGGACAAGAUGGAGCAAAUAUUGUUGGAGGAGAAUUAUAUAAUAAAUUGAAGAAUUAUCUAAAAGACUACUUGAAAGAUGUUUGCCAAAGUGGAGUCGAUCUACAAGGCGAAGGCGUUCUUCGUUUUUAUACAAAUCGUUGGGAAAAAUAUCAAUUUUCGAGUAAAGUGAUGAAUGAUUUCUGUUCAUAUAUUAAUCGUCAUUGGGUACAACGUGAAUUCAAUUCCGGACGAAAGGAUAUAUACGAAAUAUAUACUAUGGCUAUGGAUUCUUGGCAAAAAGUUGUUUUUCAACCAUUACAUAAACAAGUUACACAUGCUUGUCUUGAUUUGAUAAAAUCCGAACGAAAUAAUGAAAUAAUAAAUACUCGAUUAAUUAGUGGUGUUAUUCAAAGCUAUGUGGCACUUGGUUUUACUGAAGAGUUAACGAACAGUAGCCAUAUAACAUCACCAACAUUGACAAUAUAUAGAGACUAUUUUGAACUCUACUUUCUACAUGAUACAGAACAAUUCUACCGGUUAGAAGCAGCAACAUUUCUUGUUCAUAAUUCCGUUACUGAGUAUCUAAAAAAAGUCGCAACACGUCUUGAUGAAGAAGUGCAUCGAGUGCAAUCAUAUUUACAUCCAUCAACAUUAUCGAUAUUGAUUAAAAAAGUUGAAGAGGUUCUUAUUCGUGAUCAACUUGAUGCUAUUUAUACAGAAGCAAAAAAACUUCUGCGCGACGAGCGAUAUCAAGACUUAGCACUUCUCUUCAAAUUAACCAAUCGAAUACCAAAUGCUACUAAUGAGCUGAAAAAGAUUGUCGAAAAUCAUAUUUAUGAAAUGGGUAUAAAUACAAUUGAACGUGUUAGUGGAACAGCAAUAAAUGAUCCAAAAGUUUAUAUCGAAACGGUAAUUGAUAUUCAUAAGAAAUUCUUAAAACUCGUACAAGAAUCGUUUAAUGGUGAACAAGGUUUUACUGCUGCACUAGAUAAAGCUUGUGGUAAAUUUAUAAAUAAUAAUGUAGUAACACAAUCAGCUGGCAGUACAACAAAAUCACCUGAAUUAUUAGCUCGAUAUUGUGAUGCAUUGCUUAGAAAAGGAAGUAAAGCUGUUGAAGAAACAGAUCUUGAAGAAAAAUUCAAUCAAAUUAUGAUUGUUUUUAAUUACAUUGAAGAUAAAGAUGUCUAUCAAAAAUUUUAUAGUAAAAUGUUAGCAAAACGUUUAGUUGGUCAAUUAAGCGCUUCAGAUGAUUAUGAAGAAUCAAUGAUAUCAAAACUAAAACAAGCGUGUGGUUUCGAAUAUACUUCAAAACUACAGCGUAUGUUUCAAGACAUUGGCGUGAGUAAAACGCUACUAACUGAAUACGAAAAAUACUGUGAAAAUCAUUCCAUAACUGAUACAGCUGAUUUUUCGGUUAUGGUUCUUAGUUCAAAUUCUUGGCCAUUUUCUGGUUCUUCUAAUUUUGUCAUUCCCUUAGAAUUAAAAUCAACAUUUAAUAGUUUUACUGAAUUUUAUACACAUCGACAUAAUGGGCGAAAAUUAACUUGGCUUCAUCAACAUUCGAAAGGAGAACUACAGACAUAUUUUACUACGCAAAAAUAUAUAUUACAAGUAUCAACUUAUCAAAUGGUAGUUUUAUUAUUAUUUAAUAAAGUAUUGACUUGGACAGUGGAAAGACUUCAAGAUGAAACACAAAUAAAAUCUGAAUUAUUAUUACAAGUUAUUUUGGGCUUAUUAAAGAGUAAAUUAUUAAUAUGUACAGAUAUAAAUGAUGAUGAAAUAGAUGAAGAUUUUAAAGAGAGUGAUAUUAAAACACAUUAUUCUAUUCGGUUAUCAACUGAUUUUAGGAGUAAAAAACUUCGAAUAAAUCUAAACGUUCCAUUGAAAUCCGUCGAACAAAAAGAUAUUGAAGGAGUACAUCGAACGAUAGAUGAAGAUCGUAAAAUGGUUAUUCAAGCUGCGAUCGUGCGAAUUAUGAAAGCUCGACAAACAUUAAGACAUGCGUUACUAAUGCAAGAAGUUAUUCAACAAUUAAGUUCACGAUUCAGACCGAAAAUUCCUGUUAUUAAAAAAUGUAUUGAUGUACUAAUCGAAAAAGAAUAUCUCGAAAGGCAAUCGAAUGAGAAAGAUGUUCUACGUUAUUUAGCAUAA